GAAUAUCUACUGGGUACGCGAUGAAUUUAGCGGUGAUUAAAUCCAGAAUCGGGUAAUCGAUAGUAGAUAUAGGAUGCAACAAGACAGGCUUAUAGAAGAUCCAUUUGAGGUGGCAAGACCGUUUCUAAAAUUUAUCGAUAAAAGCUAUCAAGGUGCAACGCUUAAAAUGUUUGGUUCAAAGAUGCAAUCGUCGAACAGCACCUUUUACACCGAAUUGGAUUCAGAUGUGGAAGACAAAGAAUCUUAUUUGAAUGUAACAACGACAUGUCCAGAUAUAGGGCACACAGACACUCCGUCCGAUUGUUCUAAUGCGAGGACCGACGGUAAGAAAUCGGAAGAACGUAAUCGGGAUACAUUUCAUGGGAUCGCCACUUUUAGUGGUUUCUCACGGUUUCGAUCGUUUCUGAUGACUGCCGAAAGUUCAAUGGAUCAUAUUGAUAUCGGGGACGACGAAGAGAAUUCAAUAAAACUGCCAUUUCGAUUAGCGCACAGUGUGAUAGAAUAUAGACGCAGCAGAUAUUUAACUGCAGAGCGAAAUUCCCGUCGAUAUACGGUGGAUUCGUAUACAGUAAGCGAAUCGGAGAGCGAAGAAGAAUCGGAGGGUACUAAAUCCUCGGAAACGGACUCCGCGAUAGUUGUGGAUCAUACUGACGACACAGCAGUAAAAACUGGAGCGAGCGACAGCAUACGUUGCAUGGAUUCGAAAAGGAAAAAGGCGCGUCGAGUUGCUGAAGAAUUACUAGCUACGGAGAAGAAUUAUGUUAAUGUUCUCAGGCUUAUCGAUCAAGUAUUUCAAUUCAGAGUCGAUCAAGAGAACAGAGCGCAUCCUAUGUUUCCUUCGGAAACCGUUCAACAUAUGUUCUCUAAUAUCAAAUCUAUUUACAAGUUCCACAAUGAUUUCCUAUUACCCCAGCUACAGGAAAGAAUACAAAAUUGGGAAUCGGAUCCCAGAAUCGGGGAUAUUAUGAAGAAUUUUGCUCCAUUUUUAAAAAUGUAUACGGAAUAUGUAAAAAAUUUUGAUUAUGCCAUGAACUUAAUUCACACUUUGCAAACUAAAGUCGUCAGAUUUGCUGCGAUUAUCAACGAGAUACAAAAAUUGGAUGAGUGUGCCAAGCUAUCUUUGCCUCAUCAUAUGUUGAGUCCUAUACAAAGAUUACCAAGAUACGAGCUACUUCUGAAAGAUUACCUGAGAAACCUCACAGAAGAAAAUGCUGAUUACGAGGAUGCUAAAAAGGCAUUGGGAUUAGUAUCUACUGCUGCUAAUCAUACAAAUGAUGCAAUGAAGAAGAUUGAUAAGUUCAAAAAGCUUCUCGAAAUACAAGAGAGCAUAUAUGAUUCAACAGAUCUAGUUAGUGCAACGCGUGAACUUGUAAAAGAGGGCCGUAUCGUUAAAAUUUCAGCAAGGAGCGGUGAUCAUCAGGAAAGACACUUGUUUUUGUUUAGUGAUUUAUUAUUACUUUGUUCGAUACGACUGAUACCUGGACCGUUGUAUCGGUUAAGAGCUAAAUUCAUGGUCGAAAAUUUGCAAGUAAUGGAGGGCGACAAUUUAGAAACGGCAAAUACUUUUUACAUAAGGGACGAAGAGAAAAGUGUUGAACUGUACACGCAUGCGGCCGAAGAAAAAGCUGCGUGGCUUGAUGCUCUUUUAGAUACGAUGCAAGAAAUUAUUAGACGAAAGGCGAGUUUCAAAACCGGAAAUGUUAAAACGCUUGGUAUAAAAGCCGAAGACGUAACCAAGUGCAUGAUAUGCCAUGUAAUCUUUUCUGUAAUGAAAAGAAAACACAAUUGCAGAGCAUGUGGAAUAGUAGUUUGUGGUAAAUGUUCGAAUCAAAAAUUAUUAUUCGAGGAUAAUAAAAAUGUGAGAGUUUGUCGUUUAUGUCAUGCCACCUUAACGCAGCCACUUUCCAAAUCACCUUCUACGACGUCACCGUCCGGACCAGUACCAAGUUUAUUGCAGGUUUCGGCGAGCGCAUCGUCCGUUAUAUCUGGAUACCUUAUGUUGAAGACUCAACCCAGUAAGCCUUGGAUACGACGAUGGUUCGCAUUGCACAUUGAUUUUGUUUUAUAUACCUUUAAAUCUGAAACUGAAAAUAUGGCUCUAACGGCGACUCCGAUGCCCGGUUUUAUUGUUACGGAAGCUAUCAAAUUAUCCGACGAAGAUCCUUUGAGCCUUAAAGACAGAUCUAAAGCCCUCAAGAUGCAUCAUUCCAGGAAGAGUUAUUAUUUACAAGCAUCCUCGCAAGAAGAUAAGCAGAAAUGGUUCCAUGCUCUACAGUUAGCUACUAAAGCAGAAUUACCCCCGUUUGCAAUGGUUGAAAACGAGGAGGUAGAAAAGAGCCAACUGAUUGUUCAUGCACGAUAAACUACUUGCACAAGUUUCUUAGUGAUGUGAGACAAAUUCUCUUGUUAUCGUAAACUUGUAAGACCAC